AUGGAUCGCACGUCGGUUCUAAGUGCAGAUCUGCCAUCCCGUGAUACGAUAUCGCUGUCUGACGCAGAAUCUACUCACAACAGCGACAACUUUAACGAUUGGGGCGAUUUUGUAGACUCUGAGGACGAGUUUGACAUAGAGGCAGUCUCUGAGGAUGUUAAUCUCUACCCCACGGGUAUGUGCUACCCUAUCCGGAUUGGUGAGGUUUUGGCCGGUCGGUAUCGCAUCAUUCACAAACUCGGUUACGGAAGUUUCUCAACUGUCUGGAUGGCAUAUGACAUGACUGAAGAGAAGGACGUCGCUCUCAAAACCUUAAUGUUAGGGGACUCGGAAGAUCGCGAAUAUCAUAUGCAGCGCGAGAUUGUCCGUGCUGUACGAGACACCACAUAUCUUGUGGUCUACCGAAGCACUUUUCUCCUAGACAGCCCCCACGGUCGUCAUCGAGUUCUAGUCUUCCCUUUGCUAGGCCCAACCCUCCGAGAACAUCCGCCCAAAGAACCACCUGCUACCCGUAUGUCCUUUGCAGUACAACUGCUGCAAGCUUUGAAAAACCUUCACGAUGGCGAAAUCGUGCACGGAGAUUUAAACAGGGCCAAUAUACUAUACAGUCUUCAUGCUUUAGACAACUGCAGCAUAACUGAAAAGUAUGCCCAGGUUGGACGGCCUCGAAAGAUGCGACUGUUUACCGAGCAAUGGAAAGAUGGCGAGCUCGUUAUGCCGAUGAAACCCCAAGAGAGCCUAUUGGGAGACACGAUCCGGCUUGGUGACUUUGGCCUGGCAGUCAAAGCCGGUACUCCAGUGGCACAGAAGCUACAGCUGCCCGCUACGUACUGUGCUCCUGAAAGAUUACACGACCGUAACCCGAGCUAUGCCUCUGACAUGUGGAGCUACAUGUGUCUUUUCUACGAGUUGUAUACGAAGCGUUGCCUGUUUCCCGGCUUUAGUCACGCGUUAGUGACCGAACGUAUGGUCAAUAUCUUAGGACCCCUCCCUCUCUCGUGGGUCGGAUCUUAUUAUGCUGAUGGACAAAACGACCUCGCAUGGUAUGACCAAGAUAGACAUCCAGAUCCCGAGAUGGUUCUUCGGAUCGAUAUACGUUCUCUUCGACCUGAUAUCAGCGCAAGAGAGCUUGAGCUUGUCUUAUCUGUCCUGAGCCGGGGCCUUUCGUAUCUUCCCGAGCACCGACCUACUGCGACGCAGUUCCUAGAAGAUCGUUCUUGGAAAGAACUUAUAGGAUUGUAUGGACUGUAA